GUCAAAUAAGGGAAAGGUAAACGAGUGCAACACAUGAAUUAGGAAACACACUUGAUGUUGCUGUUGACCGUGACAUCGUGAACGAAGUCAAUUGGAGAAUUCUAUUGGCGUGAAACGGUCAAAGACGAAAUUCCUGAGCAUUUGUUGGUCUAUCAGCUGAUAGAAUGAUUUCAUUUCGUUUGUCUGUAACCAGUUUUUGCUUGAUUUUCGCGAUUUGCAUUGGGACGCAGGUAAGUGGAACCCCAAAUGGGGCACCGGUCGCAGCUUGCAGUACCAUGACUCCCGAACAUGGCGCUGGCGCCCAAACGACUCCUUCUCCUUACGUCACUAUUCCAACGCUCAUGGAAGACGAAUCGGUCCGGUUGACUCUGAUGGCCAACUCGAGUGGCUAUUCAACAUUCAAAGGAUACUUGGUGAUGGCUUUCGACAAUUCUUUGGGUGAUGCUGCUCCUCCGAUUGGAAUAUUCAGUGAAAUUGUAGAGGGAACUCCUGUGCUCACACCAGGAAAUUAUCUCGAUUGUCUCAACGGCGUCAAAAAUGCAGCGACACAUAAGGAUAACACCACUAAAGUGAUCGUUAAUCUUUUAUGGAUCCCCCCGUAUGGAUUUAUGGGUGAUGUUGUUUUCAAGACAACUUUUGUUCAAAAUGGAGCGUCGUUCUGGGUGAAAACUUUAUCGGAUGUUGUAUCCAUCUCAUCACCCACAACUACAACACCGGUACCGACUAGCACAACACCGGCCGGAGCAACUCAGUUGGCUCCAUGGAUUGGAACUAUCGUGUUGGCCUUUGUCGCGUUUUUUUUCAUUCCAUUGGUAUAAAUUCUUUUGGUACGCUAGGCAACUGGCCUAUUGGUCAGACAUAUGGAAAGAUUCAUUAUUCUAAAUACACAUAACAAUACAAAACCAA